UAAUGGACUGCAAGUAAACAGAGAUGAGAGGAGACAGCUAUUUAUAGGCUCUAAUUGCCAAAAGCAUUUCCCAGAAGCGAUAAAAUCACUCUGAAAAUUGCGAUAAUUUCAUCAUUUGCUCCCAUUUCAAAAAUGGGAGCAAAUAAAAUGGCAACUUUACGCACACAUGCAACAUGUUUAUGGAUGUAUGCAGUGGUUUAAAGUAAAAACCAUUUAGUGAAAAUGUUAAGUAAAAGUAUGUAGGAGUAAAACCAGGGAAAUUACCUACGUUUAAAGUAAAUAAUGUCGAAAAUAGCUAUUUCAUAUCAGUCCAAAGUUUGGACACACCUUCUCAUUUCAUGUUUUUUGUUUAUUUGUAUUAUUGUCCACAUUGUAGAUUAAUACUGAAGAUGAAAACUUGCUUGUUUGCAGCAUAAUUUCAUAUGUAUUCUUUUAUAGUUUUGAUGUCUUCAGUAUUAAUCUACAGUGUAUAAAAUAAUUAAAUAAAAACCAUUGAAUGAGAAGGUGUGUCAAACUUUUGACUGGUCGUGUCUGAGGUGGGGCGAUUUUGAACUAUUUUGUAAAAAGGCUGCGGUUAAUGCUCAAAACAGGACUAACUAGAUGGUUAUUUUCUUAAUCAAUAAAAAUGUCAUCACAGUUACCCAAAGUACAAAGUAACACCUGCAAAAAAUAUGAACAAAAAUGUAAAAUUAUUAAACAGAAAAGCAGCAAAUUCUCACGUUCAGAGAAAAGAAUCAUGAAAUUUGGGAUAUUUUUCUUACAGGGCAUAAUCCAAACUGUUGCAAAGUAGCUUCUAAUUACUGUUGAGUAAUUCAAUUUAUGAUAAUCGUAUUUCAUAGCACUUUAAAUGUUUUAUGUGCAAAAAUAUCUGCCAAAAUCAUCAAUUUGGUGAAUAAGAAAACGUCAAACUCUGUAUGAAAUGGGUGGAAUAUAAUUCUAAAGUUAAAUAAGUAUGUGUAGACUAAACAUGGCCCGUACAUUAAAUGUGUGGCAGAGAGAGAAGAGCGACCUCCUGUGGAUGAUCAGGAGUCCUGCAGGUCUCCGCUUCCACAAAAUCAGCUGCUCACUGUUGCCAGGAGUAACAGACACCAAACAAACUGAAAAAAACACGGGGAAUCCCUCUGAACACGUCUGCACUGGAACAUCACAACAGUCUAGGGGAUUCAGGAGCUGGACUAAAAGAGGAAAACAUGAGCUCACCUCUGUCGAUGCUGAAGAAAACCAAGCGGAUUCCUCUGCAGGUUCCUGCUGAUGAGCAAAGGAGCAAACAAAAGGUGCCUUUUAGGAGGAACCUGGUCAAAGAAUUUCACACAGCUUUAGUUUCUAAUGAUUCUUCUGAUCCCAACGAUCUGCUUCCCUCUCAAACUCCCGCAAAUGAAGCCUCCACUUCAAAAUCCAAAGCUCCAAUAAAGAAAGCUGCUCCAAGCGACUUUGAGCUCAUGACCACCAUGGCUCAGCGAGUGAUCCAACUGGAGAAAAUAGUAAAGAGCCAAACACAGGAGAUAGAAUGCAAGGAUAAAAGGAUUUCGGCUUUAGAGGAGAAGCUGAGGCUUCAGGAGGAAUCCGGUAGGACAUGUUUGAUCACAGUUCAGUCUGUAAUAGAAGUGAUUCUGACUCUGUGUGUGGAUUUAGGCAGAAAUGAUGUUAAACAAAGAUGCCAACAGCUGCAAAAUCAAGUGAAUGAAAUGGAGAAGUUUCUCGGUGAUUAUGGUUUGGUCUGGGUGGGAGAUCAGGAGGACAGAGAUGCUGCUGAACAUGAGGAGACACACAGCCCAGGCACAUCUGUUGGCAGCAGCUUCUACAUGAACUUUGACCUCGUGCUGCAGAGGAUCAGGGAUCUGAACAUCCUCUCAGGAGAAGGAGAGUCCUUUGUUCAGACGACGGCGAUUGGAGCUCAGCUGGCCAAGAAAGAUCCUGUUCAACUGAGGCUCUACAGCAAUGGCAUCGUCAUGUUCGACGGUCCUUUCCGCUCGUAUCAGGAGCACAGCACCCAGCAAUGCAUGCAGGAUCUGAUGGACGGUUAUUUCCCAUCAGAGCUUUCAGAAAGAUUCCCAGAUGGUGUCCCGUUUGAAGUUCAUGACAGGAGAGAUGAGGAGUUUGUGUUCAGGCUCCCCUGGGAGGCUUUUUCUGGAGAAGGACAGACUGUUUGUGGGAUGAAAGCUGAAGCAGCCAGCUCUCAGUUACCAGGUAAGAAGCUGACCACGGAUCAGUUCCUGAACAAGCUGCCAAAGUGUGUGGUGAAGGGCGGUCGAGUGAUUGACGUCAGGGACUCUGUGAGGGCGACUCUGCAGGGUUCAUCAGCUGAUCCUGAGAGCAGCUCAAUGAUCCUCAUAGACACACCAGCGCUACAAGCAAUGACAGACAGACCUCAGACAUCCAGCGCUGUCCGGCUGCCGUCUGCUCAUGGCGUCAUCACGCUCAAGUUGAGGUCAGAAGAUGGAAAUCACACCUACAUAGUGAAAAUGUACUCAACGGAAACAGUCGGUCACCUUCGGACGUAUCUGGACCAACACAGAGGCACUGGUCUGCCUGCUUAUGACAUCAUCAGCGUGCACCCGCAGCGUUGCUAUGACGACAACGGCCAGACGCUCUGCUCAUGUGGAGUCACAACAAAUGCAAAUCUGCUGCUGCGAAAGAGGCGACGUGGCGAUCCAGUGGCUGAAGAUAAUAAACCUGUAGAAGGUUAAGUUUGACCUGCUGAUCUUCACAGCAGCCGUUAAGGUUUAGUUCAUGUGUGUUUUACAGUUCAGAUGCUGAUGAUUAGUCACAAGAAGACUCAUAACUCAGAUUUGGAACAUAUUUGUGGUAAAAAAAAAAAAAAAGUAACAUCUAAGUGUCAACAUUUUUAAUAACUGCAACAAAGUACCAUGAAAUGUCUUUAUUUAUGUUUUAAGGGUUUAAUUAAAUGAGAACUUUUAAUUUUUAGGCGGCUUUCCACUGCAGAAAUUUGAGAUAGAUGCAAGACAGCACCAACAUUUACACCAUUUCAGCCUUUCUGUCUCCGUUAAAGUAAAAGAUCUCUCAGCAACAUCCACUUUGAAUGCCAAAACAACAGAAAAUAGAAGAUUUUGGACAUAAUUUUGCUUUUAUGAGCGCAUAGGAAACAAAACAAUGGUUUUAUUUUAGCAUGUAUGGUAAAUUGUACUUGUAUUUUUUGGCCUGCCCAAAUUUUAGCCAAUCAGCAUUGAGCCUUGUACAGUAGUUUUUGAGGGAUAUUUAAGAGAGUAGGAACUUCUCUCCUAAAAACAACCCUGAAAGAGGUGCUGUGGCAGAGUUUCCUGCAGUCAAAACAAGAUCCCGCAGUGGAAAACAGCCUAUUUGUCCUUCAGUGUUUAUUGGAUAUUACUUGUGACCUGUAACCAAUCAGAGAGCACCGUGCAGCAAACAAAUAAGCACAUUUUAAAGUGAAUUUAUUUUAUCAGGACUUUCUAAUGAUAUAAUCAGUAAAAUUCUGAAUAUCACAUGCAUUUAUCAGUCAAACCCUCGUAGACAUUCUGACUUGUCACAGCAGGAAAAGCACAGGUGUUACGAGUUUGGCUGGAAGCCUUCGUUAAUCUCAUUACUGACACCUGUGCUUUUCCUGUUGUGACUGAACCAGAUAUUUUGGUGCAAAAGGACCAUCGAUGUCUUAAGAUUUGAGCAGAUACAGAACACAGAUCCAAUACAAGUGCUUCUUUUCCCAAAACUCAUCAUGAUCAUUUUUAUAUAACAUGAGAGACUGCUGUUGCCCCAAAUACAUGAAUAAAUAAAGCUGAUGGUUGGAAAAAUG